AUGGACUCCUCGCUGCCGUCGGUCAGGACAUACCCCGUCCUGUCUCGAAGGCAGAUAGAGGGACAGAUUGCCGAUGGCCGACAUAUCGUUAUUGUAAACCAGCAUGUUCUGAAAGUUGAUGCCUGGCUCAAGUACCACCCCGGGGGUGACAUAGCCAUCAAACACAUGGUCGGCAGAGAUGCCACCGACGAAGUCACCGCUCUUCACUCUCUCGAGGCUGUCCAGAUGAUGGAUAAAUAUCGAAUCGGACGCAUUGAGGGCCGCUGGAAAAACUUCCUGCCGCCAAUUCAAGGAGGAAUAUUUCGCCCGAUUUCCGAGAGCUGCGAUGCCGACAUGAUGGAUGGUUUUGAGAAGGACGAGGAUGCAACCGCAUCCUGCGAUGCCAACUCCCGGUCACCUUCGCCAAUUUUUGAUAACACAGUCCCUAGCACGCGGAGCCGUAAGUCCGGUCAUGGAGUCUCUCGAACUACGUCCGUAUCAUCCGUCUCCGUGUCAGAGGAGCCUGAAGGGCCCCUCGAUGGGAUGGCCGUCUUAGACGCGAGAACCAAAGAGCUGAUUAAGCUGGAUGUCGAGAAAUACCCCUCUCUAGACGAUGCCACUCAGGACGAUAUCAUAAGGAAAUACCGUCUUCUCAAUGAAAGGAUCAAGGCCGAGGAUCUCUACCGCUGCCAUUACCGAUCGUAUGCUAUAGAGAUCGCGAGAUACACGACCCUCUUCACCCUGAUGCUGCUCACCUUGAGCUGGCAGUGGUGGGCGGUCAGUGGCUUCUUUCUGGGUGCUUUUUGGCAUCAAUUGGUGUUUGCCGCCCACGAUGCAGGUCACAUGGGUAUCACACAUGAUUUUCACGUGGACACUGUUAUUGGAAUUAUCAUUGCAGAUUUCUUUGGGGGUCUAUCUCUCGGAUGGUGGAAGAGAAAUCACAAUGUGCAUCACAUUGUGACCAACUCCCCUGAACACGAUCCCGAUAUCGAGCAUAUGCCCUUUUUUGCCAUCUCUCACCGGCUACUCCAGUCCCUUCGGUCCUCAUACUAUGAGCGUGUCAUGGAGUAUGAUGCUUUCGCGAAAGUCCUGAUUCGAAUCCAGGCAUAUUCUUAUUACCCUAUACUAACAUUCGGCCGAUUUAACCUCUACCGAUUAUCCUGGAUCUAUCUCCUCUUUGGCCAGGCGCCUAAGAAAGGGCCUGCUUGGUGGCAUCGCUGGUUCGAGAUCGCAGGGCAGUGUGUCUUCUGGACGUGGUUUGGCUAUGGGAUCCUGUACAAGACUAUUCCCAACAACUGGGGACGAUUUGUAUUUGUCAUGGUCAGCCACGUGGUGACAAUGCCGUUACAUCUCCAAAUCACGCUGUCACACUUUGCUAUGAGCACUGCCGAUCUUGGGCCGGCAGAGUCAUUCCCCCAAAAGAUGCUUCGGACAACCAUGGAUGUGGACUGUCCUCAAUGGCUGGACUUCUUCCACGGUGGCUUACAAUUCCAGGCAAUCCACCAUCUCUAUCCCAGGAUUCCUAGGCAUAACCUUCGGCGAACUCAAAAGUUGGUGCAAGAGUUUUGCAACGAGGUCGGGAUCCCGUACGCGUUGUUUGGCUUCGUUGAUGGGAAUAAGGAAGUAAUUGGCCGACUGGCGGAUGUAUCCCGACAGGCUGCCAUCCUGGCAAAAUGCCAACAGGCUUUAGCAAAGAGUGACGAUCCGCUCCACAUCCAUUAA